GUCGCGCUCGCGCCGUCGUCCGGUCAACGUUGUUCGCCGUGCCAAUGCACGUAGGUCGUUCCGAAUUGGCGCGUUCGUCGGCCGUCGGUUCUUCUGUGUGUGUAUAACAAAAUAAUAUAACAUGUAAUAUAAUAUACAAUUUAAAAACUGUUAUUUGAUUUGUAUUAUAAAAAAAAAAAAAAACCGAAUUAAAAAAUAUGAUACCGCCGCCGCCGUCGAGUCACGAUUUUUCUUUGAAAUCCGACCGCCCGAGGAGACAAUCGCGACUGUCCGCUUUUUUUUCAUUCUUCAUCGACGGAUAAUAAUUUUUUUUUUGUUUUAUGAUCGAUUUAUUAUAACGCGUUGUGACCGAAACCGAAAAACCGCAGCUACCGCAUAUAAUUAUUAUAAUAAUAACAACAACAAAAUGACGGUUACUUAUACGGCCGAAGUGGCCACUUGCAGGGGCUUUGGAUGUUUUCUGAAACUUCUACUCAGGUGGAGAGGAAGUAUAUAUAAACUUGUGUGGCCCGAUUUGGCGGCAUUUCUUAUAUGUUAUUACACGCUAAAUAUGACCUAUCGUUUUGUACUGAACCAACAGCAAAAAAGGGUCUUCGAAAGCAUAUCGGAAUAUUGUGAGACUUACAGCGAUUUAAUUCCGUUAUCGUUUGUGUUGGGUUUCUACAUUUCCAUAAUUAUGCAACGUUGGUGGGAUCAAUAUUGUUCGAUACCUUGGCCAGAUCCAAUUGCGGUUUACGUUAGUUCGCAUAUACACGGACAGGACGAACGAGGCAGGUUGAUGAGGCGGACGAUCAUGAGAUACGUUUGCCUCGGGCUAACUAUGGUGUUUACAAACAUUAGUCCGAGGGUUAAAAAACGUUUUCCCACGUUGGACCAUUUCGUCGAAGCAGGUCUGCUGUUGGAAAACGAAAAAACCAUUGUGUUGGACUUGAACGAUAAGUUUCCAAGACAUUCCAAACACUGGCUGCCGGUCGUGUGGGCCGCUAGCAUUGUGACCCGGGCGAGGAAGGAGGGACUUAUACGUGACGAUUUCGCGGUUAAAACCAUCAUUGACGAAUUGAACAAGUUCCGUGGACAAUGUGGAUUACUGCUCAACUACGACUCGAUAAGCGUUCCAUUAGUAUACACACAGGUGGUCACGUUGGCGGUUUAUUCGUUUUUCGUCACGACCGUUAUGGGACGGCAAUGGCUGGACAAACCCCCUGUGGCAUUGGCCAAUUUAAAACAACGUUCCGACGUCGACACCAACUAUAUCGACCUGUACUUUCCGGUUUUCACCACGUUGCAGUUUUUCUUUUACAUGGGCUGGCUGAAAGUGGCCGAGUCGCUAAUAAAUCCAUUCGGCGAAGACGACGACGAUUUCGAAGUCAACUGGAUCGUCGAUCGUAACGUUCAGGUGUCCUAUUUGAUCGUCGACGAAAUGCAUCACGAACAUCCGGAAUUAAUUAGGGAUCAAUAUUGGGAUCAAGUGUUCCCAACCGAACUACCAUACACUGUGGCCGCCGGUGAACGCGAACAUCACCCCGAACCUUCCACGGCCAACAUUGCAGUGUCCGAGGCUGACGCCGAGUAUUCAUUGCCGCCCAAGUGCUGUGACGAUGGUAACAACGGGGACGACGACGACGCAAACAGUGGUAUACAUUUUAUUGCUUCGGGUGGAAGCUAUAAAAGAUCAAAUAGUCAUUUACGGGGACGGCCGGUGUCGUCGCACAGUUCACACGAUCAUCAAAAUCAAAACAACCAAAGCGUUGCCAGUUCGUUAAACCGCGUUGGCUCGGUGACUUCGAUAUUGAAAAACUUAUUUAAACGUUCCAACCAAAAUACCGGCGAAGGUUUGCUGUCAAGAGUGUCUAGUGGAAAUAGAUUGCCAGGCAGCACCUGGCAAAGUCAAGAUAGUCUACAAAGCAGCAGCAGUAAACUACUUCAACAACAGUUUGGCAGCGUGCGUAUAGCUGACCAGGUAAUCGAAGAACUCGACGAACAAAUGACGAUCACGGCCGGCGGCAAACUCGAGAGGAGAAACGAUCAGAAACCCAGCGUGCGAACCGUGUUUCCUCCACAGCCGUCGCUGCCGGACGACAGUGCAUCGUCGAACCUGUCGAAUAUCACCUACACCGAAGUGUUGUCGAUCAACGACGACCCGGAUUACCAUCGCCGGUCGCCCAUGACCUACAGCAGCAGCAGCACCACGAGCCGGCGUACCCCUAGCACCAACAGCCUGCUGUUCGUGGUGGAACCGGUGGCCGAGGCGGAGUUGGCGACCGACCAACAACCGCCACCGAACUCGGCCAAAUCCGACAGCGGCACGUCUUUGGCUACCUACGAAUACGACGAGACAAACAGAAGAACGCCCGAUCAACACGAUUGAGACUUUAGGGACUAGUAAAUAAUAAUAAUACAAAUAUUGAGAACUAGCAGUCGCUAGCAGCUGCUGCCGUCUGCUGCGACCGCGGUAACCGCGGUACUCGGUAACCUAACCGCAACCUAGGUAACCGUGGUAAGUAUAACAACUUUUCAUAAACACGACGCGAGGAAAAUCUAUUUAUUGUAUUUCGGAUGUACCUAGUUUUUUCUUUUUUUUUUUUCAAUGUAUUUUUAGAAUAAUACAAUAAAACAGUUUGACCGGAAUAUUUUUCAUGGCGAGUAUAGUGACUUAGACUUAGUCUGAGCAUGUAUUGUAACAUUAUUGUAAAACAAUAUUGUCGGAUAGGUAUUUUACAAUGUAAUUGAGAAACUAUUAUAAUAUUAUUAUCCAUUUUGUACUAUAUAGUCAACGUUUUUGUUGUUGCCGACGAAUAAUUGAGAUGAUAUAACAUUUUGACGUACGAAAAACAAAAUGUGAAUACUUAUAAUAUACUAUAUUUUGUGUACCUAUUAUUAGCAACCUUAAUUUUUUUUUUUAGAUAAUAUUAUAAUUUUUCAGAUGCCAAUAAUUGUUUUGCCGUAAUGAAUUUAUACAAUUUUUUAUAGUUUAAUACCUUUUUUGUUUUAUUUGUUCAAUACCGUUUAAAUGGUGGUGGGUUUUAAUUGUGUCGAUUAUUUUAGAUACAAAAAUAAAAAUUGUUUUUAAGUUCAAACAAUGUAUUUUUAUUUUUAAAAAAUAGUCGGAUUUUGAUCAUUUUUUAUUGUGCAUAAAAAUUUUAUAAAUGACAUAAGAAAUGUUACGUUUUAUUUUUUUAUUCUCGUGAAAAUGUUGAUUUUGAUGUGACUUUGAUUACAAGUAUGUUGUGUACUAUAAUAUUAUAAUUAGAACAAGAUAUUUUCUUUAUUAAUUCAACAAGGCAAAUGUAAUAAUAUUAUGUAGAUAGAUUUUUAUAUAAUGUUUAUACUGGAUGUAAGUAGGUUUUUUAGAUGCUAAACUAAAACCAAACCAUGUACAUCAACCCAAACUUAAUAUAAUUUAAACAAUUUUUAGUAUACCAACAAUAAAGCUGUUGUUGUUCUGAAACUGAUUUAAGCACUACUUCAAGUAGGUACAUAGUUUUUAUAAUAUUAUAUUGUGUAUAGGUACCUACUCAGGGCUGGCACUGAAAAUUAUUCAAGCAAUGUUGUGUCAAAAUAAAGAUACCAAAGAGGUUUGAUUAUUUUCAUAAAAAGGCAUAGUGAUAAUUUUAUUUCAAAACCCUUAAUGUGAUUUAAUGAUUGUCGAAACAAGU